AUGACAGAAUUGCGGGCUAGUUCAGCACGCAGAAUGUCUACCGCUACUGCAGACGCGCCGCCAUCCGCCCCUUCAGGCAAUCUCCCACUGUCAGGAAUCCGAGUUCUUGAGCUUGGACAACUCAUUGCUGGCCCAUUCUGUGGCCAAUUGCUGGGACAUUUUGGUGCAGACAUAAUCAAAGUUGAGCCACCUUCCACCGGAGACCCACUACGAGUAUGGCGCGAACUUGAUAUUGACGGAACGAGCCCUUGGUUUCGAAGCCUUGCGAGAAACAAGAAGAGCAUUGCCAUUGACCUGAGGAAACAGGAAGGAAGAGAAAUCGUGAAACGGCUGGCUGUAAGAAGCGACGUCAUAGUCGAAAACUUCAAGCCCGGAACCCUGGAAAAAUGGGGUCUUGGGCCACAGGACUUACACAAGGAGAACCCUUCCCUGAUCUUCACCCGUGUCAGCGGAUAUGGUCAAACAGGUCCAUGGGCUUCACGACCAGGAUAUGCGUCCGUAUGUGAAGCCGAGUCAGGAUUUCGUUUUAUCAAUGGACAGCCAGACCCGAAUACCGGACUGCUUUCGGGUCCUCCGAUAAGACCUAACAUCAGUCUCGGUGACUCUGUAGCUGGUUUACACGCAGCGUUUGGCACUGUGCUGGCAUUGUUGUCGAAGCAGAAAAAGGCAUCACGAGGGGAGCAAAGUGGUGAGACGGUGGAUGUGAGCAUCAUGGAGAGCAUGUUGAACCUGAUGGAAGGCAUAAUUCCGGAGUAUGAUCGUAAAGACAAGGUCCGUGGACCAUCAGGUUCGUCGGUGACUGGCAUAGUUCCCACUAACGCCUACCCCUGCCUCCCAUUACCAUCAACCCCAACCUCGCCAACAUACGUAAUCAUCGGUGCAAAUGGAGAUACCCUCUACGCACGACUUAUGCAUGCUAUCGGUCGUGAAGACCUCAUAGGAACGUCGUACGCACACAAUCACCAUCGCGUCGCACGGCAAGGUGAGAUCGAAGAAGCUAUUUCGGCAUGGACCAGCCAGCGGCAGGCUGAAGAAGUUCUGACCAUUCUUGAGGGCGCUGGCGUCCCUGUCGGACGCGUCGUAGGCGUGAAAGAGAUUGUGGAAGGCGAACAAGUAAAGGCCAGAGGAGCAGUGGAGGACGUAGAGGUUGGCAAGGAGGGAGAGGGAUGGAAAGUCAAGAUGCCGAGAGUGUUUCCUGUGCUCGAAGGCUGCGACACGAAGACCAGAUGGGCAGGACCUGAUCUGGGUGCACAUACAGAAGAAAUUUUGCAAGGAGAAUUAGGGCUAAGCGCUGAAAGUAUCAUCCGGUUGAGAGAAAUGGGCGUCAUUGGAGUAAAGCCAGUAGCUUCUGUAGUGUAAUUAUAUAUGCUUCGAUUAAUGGUUCGACUGUUA